AAUCCUCGGUACUUUCCCAAAGCGGUGCGUUUCUUGCUGAGCACCCGGUGCUAUGGACCCAUCGAAUUAAUGCCUCCUUCCUCGGCCGACAAACACGAUGGUGAGGGGGAAGGUAUGUUAACGGCGAUUGAGCGCCGGUGAUCGAUAUAUGGUAGCCCCAGGUGGUAGAAGGGUGUGUCUGUUGGACGAUUGUGCAGUGUGCUUCGACUUCGGACGCUUGCGACAGAUUCAUGGCAGAAACACAUUACCGACCUUCUCUUCAACAUUCAGUCUUCGCAUCGCAGCAACAAAAUCGAUUGAGCAUCCGCAUAAGCGAAGUUGAAAAUGAGAGUGUCGUCCUUCUUCCGCAGAAAUUCCUUGUUUUGGAGUAGGAGGAAUGGGCCAUUUGGUACUUUCUACUUCGCUCCGUUCUGCUCGGACAAUGGCGAUGCGAUUCAGAGUUCCAAGGUCAAGAUCUUUGACCGGCAACUUAAGCGUAAACAGCGAGACAGAGCUGCUUGGUUGGUGCGCCCAAAGGAUUCUUUAGUCGAUACCGUAGCUGAAAAUCUACUGGACCGCUUAGAGGAUUGUAAGAAGGCUUUUCCCAAAGCGUUGUGCUUGGGAGGUUCACUAGAAGCUAUCAGGCGCUUGCUUCGUGGCCGUGGUUCCAUUGAAAAGCUCAUUAUGAUGGAUGCAUCUAGUGAAAUGGUAGAACUUUGUAAAAAUGCUGAGGCAGCUUCACCCAAUGAUAAUAUUGAGACAACAUUUGUGGUUGGUGAUGAAGAAUUUUUGCCUAUCAAAGAAAGCUCCAUGGAUUUGGUCAUUAGUUGCUUGGGGCUACACUGGACUAAUGAUUUACAUGGAGCAAUGAUACAGUGUAAAUUGGCUUUGAAACCUGAUGGUCUUUUUUUAGCUGCUAUACUUGGUGGAGAAACCCUUAAGGAGCUCAGAAUAGCUUGCACAGUGGCACAAAUGGAGCGCGAAGGAGGGAUUAGUCCCCGAGUAUCACCUUUGGCACAGGUACGAGAUGCAGGGAAUCUUUUGACGAGGGCGGGCUUCACUCUCCCAGGAGUUGAUGUUGAUGAAUAUAUAGUUAGAUAUGAAAGUGCUCUUGAGCUUAUAGAACAUCUGCGUGCCAUGGGUGAAACGAAUGCUCUUCUUCAGAGGAACACUAUCCUAAGGAGGGACACAGCCUUGGCAACUGCAGCUAUUUAUGAUUCAAUGUUUGGUGCGGAAGAUGGCUCAGUUCCUGCAACCUUCCAGGUUAUAUACAUGACUGGUUGGAGGGAACAUCCUUCUCAGCAGAAGGCUAAAAGCAGAGGAUCUGCUACCAUAUCAUUCCAGGACAUUCAGAAACAAUUUGGGAGCCACACUUGAUUUCUGUGUCCCUUGCAUUAAGUUUUAGACCUAUGUAGUGAAAUUUUGUUCAUGAUGUUAAAAUAAAAGAAAGUAUAUCUUUUUUUUUUUUUUAAUUGUGCCUCGUUCCAUUUCAUGCUUUUAAAAAGAACGUCGGAAGAGGAUAGAUGCUGGUAAAAGCCAUUGUGGCUUUUCUAAUUUAAAACAAAUAUUUUGUGUG